GGAUUUUUUCGUCUCUCUCUCUGCCACUGAUUGGCUGCCUGCUGUGGACUGAGGGUGGAGUGGACGCGUGCGUAAAGGUGCGCGUAAACGUGGAGCUGCAUGCUCGCCCACACUCGAUGCCCUCACUCCUCCUCAGUCUCGCUUGGUCAGUGGAGCUGAACGGGAUGUGAGGGCUCACACUGCAGAUUUACACUCAGUCACCGUCACAGGAGAUUCACGCAGUUUGGAGACAUGAGCGUGUGAAGUGAAUGGGACCAGGAAAAGUCUUUGUCUGUGGUCCCCUGCUGUGUUUUUAGGAGCACAGUGUGUCACAGUUUGGAUGGAUGAUAGAGACAUGGCUCCAGAGGAGGGGCACUCUUCAGCCCCCUGGACGGAGGAGCGCUGCGAGGAGCUGUGGGAGCGCGUGGAAGGAGUGCGACACAAGCUCACGCGCAUCCUGAACCCGGCUAAAGUCACCCCGUACCUGCGGCAGUGCAAGGUCAUCGACGAGCAGGAUGAGGACGAGGUGCUCAACUCCACGCAGUACCCCCUGCGCAUCAGCAAGGCCGGUCGUCUCCUGGACAUUCUCCGUGGUCAGGGCCAGCGAGGUAUUCAGGCCUUCAUGGAGUCGCUUGAGUUUUACCAUCCGGAGCAGUACACGCAGCUGACCGGGCAGCAGCCCACACAUCGAUGCUCCCUCAUACUGGACGAGGAAGGUCCGGAGGGUUUGACCCAGUUUCUGCUCCUGGAAGUUCGUAAACUGAGGGAUCAGCUUCGAAACAGCCGCAUGUGUGAGCGGCGCCUGUCCCAGCGCUGCCGGAUGGCGGAGGACGAGCGCGUCCGCUCUGAACGCAAAGCGCAGGAGUUACGUUACGACAAACUGCGACUAGAGAGGCUGCGUCAGGACUGGGAGUCGGCCACCCGAGAGCUGGGAAAGCUGAAGGACAGACACCUGGAGCAGGCUGUGAAAUACUCCAGGGCCUUAGAGGAGCAAGGCAAGGCCUCCAUCCGAGAGAGGGAGCUGCUGAGGCAGGUAGAGGAGCUAAAGUCCAGGCUGACAGAGGCAGAGAACCGAACCCUCGGAGCAGUGGAGAACGCUGCGCCAGUCAAAAGAAACAGUUUGCUCUCAAAUGGAGCCCAUGUUUCUCUGCCUGUUUUACCAGAGAAGUCACUGCACCGAGCCGAGUGCUCAGAAACUCAGAAGAGGGUCCCUGCCACCGGAGUCAUCGCUUUGAUGGAUAUCCUGAAACAGGACCGCAGGGAGGCCUCAGAGCAGAGGCAGGAGCUCUGUGAUAUCAUCACUAAACUCCAGGGAGAGGUGCAGAGCUCCGAGGAGUACAGGGACAAGCUGGAGUCGCAGUGUGAGCAGCUACAGCUGAAAUUGAGGACUCUCCAGCUGGACUGGGAGACUGAGCAGAAGAGGAGCGUAUCCUAUUUCAACCAGAUCAUGGAACUGGAGAAGGAGAGAGACCAGGCUUUGCGUAGCCGUGACAGCCUGCAGCUGGAGUACACCGACUGUCUUCUGGACAAGAACCGCCUGCGUAAACGCAUUGCGGAGAUUCAGGCCAACCUGGAGCAGCAGCAGGGGGAGCUGGAGCGAGAGAGGGAGAGGAGCCAUGAGCAAAUGCAGCAGAGCAACCACUGUCUGCACUGUUCCAACCUGUCUCUGUGCAGUGAGGACCAGUGCUAUGGCCCCUGCUGCUCCCUCGGCCUGGAUCUGUGCCCCCGGAUCAACAGCACCCACCUGCUGCUACGAAAGACGCCAUCUAGAGGACAGACCAAUGAAAACUCAGAGGAUUCCAAUUCAGAGGAGAACGUCCUGUCAUCAACAGAAGAUAAUGAAAAAGAAAUAAACCGUCUCUCCACAUUCCCCUUCCCUCCUUGUAUGAACUCCAUCAACCGACGAGUCAACACAGAGUUUGACUUGGACUCAUGGGGCAGUGAUGAGAAUGAGAAUAUUACAGGUGAGCAGACUGAACUUUCUCUGUGGGAUUCCAGCAACUCGCUUCACUCUCAUCUCUUCCCCCCUGACCUGGUCAACCUGCCGUCCGUCUCCUCACGCCAACCCGGUCUCACCGUUCCCAGGAUACCCCCUCGCUCGCCAUCUUCAAGUCCCCCCACCCCGCGGAAUCACGGGAGGGCCAGUCUGGCUGAUGGCAUCACGAUAGUUGGAGGAAACCAGACGGGGAUUUUUGUGAGCCACGUGAGAGCCGGUUCCCCAGCUGAGCAGUGUGGACUGAAGGAGGGCAGUGAGCUGCUGGAGCUGGAGCGGGUUCUGUUCGGAGGGGGCAGCGUCCAGCUCAGCCAGUGCACUGCUGAGGUCGCCCACUUCUCCCUGCAGUGGUGGACUGAGGCCUCGACACUCAAACACCAGAGCAACCCAGAGGCGUACUCCAAGCUGUGCUCCCAGCUCCAGUCGUCAACGUUUAUGGGUGCCGACUCUUUCUACGUGCGUGUCAAUCUUAAUAUUGAGCCUCACGGUGACCCACCUUCUCUGAGCGUGUCCUGUGAUGACAUCAUACACGUCACAGACACGAGGCACAAUGGGAAAUACCAUUGGAGCUGUUCGAUCGUGGACCCACGCACUGCCAAGCCCCUGCAGGCAGGAACCAUGCCCAACUAUAACAGGGCACAACAGCUGUUGCUUGUGAGGCUCCGGAAAAUGGCCCUGGAGCAAAAGGAUUUCAAGAAGAAGGUGUUCUCGAAGAAACGGUCUGGUCGUGUACGAUUGGUCAAAGCAGUGGACCCCAGCUGUCGUGGGAUUGGUUCCUCAAAGCAGGUCUUCUACACACUCAGCAAACGUCACGACGAGCACUUGAUCCCUUACAGUUUAGUGCAGCCGGUGCAGGUUCAGACCAAGAGGCCGGUCAUAUUCUCCCCCUCUCUGCUCUCUCGUGGUCUCAUAGAGCGUCUGCUGCAGCCAGCGGCGUCUGGUCUGAGCUUCAACACCUGUCCGCCAGAGCCCAUCCAGGCGUCAGAGAGACGAGACAAGAGCGUGUUCCUGUUGGAUUCCUGCAGUCCAGAACAGGUUCUGGGCGUACGGCUGAAGUCAAUACAGGAUGUUAUUAGUCAGGACAAGCACUGUCUGUUGGAGCUGGGGCUGACCAGUGUUGAAGGCUUACUUAGACAUGGGAUUUACCCAAUUGUCAUCCACAUCCGCCCCAAGAAUAAAAAAAACAAGAAGCUGAGGAAGUUUUUUCCACGGUGUGGGGAGGACAACGUGAUGGAGGAGGUGUGCCAGGCCGAGGAGCUGCAGCUGGAGAUGCUGCCGCUGCUCUUCUACACCCUGGAGCCCAGCACCUGGAGCUGCACCGAUGAGCUGCUGGCAGCCAUAUGCAAGGCCAUCGAUAGCCAGCAGAAAGCAGUAGCAUGGGUGGAACUGGACAGGCUGCAGUAGAGGAGAGACUGUGUGCUGAUAUUCAAAGUGCAAACUAGACUCUCCUGUCUUUGAAUAAACAAUCUGGCUGCAAACCACAGACAAGUCUCUGGAGAGGAUUAAUAUUCGUGAUUAAUAUUUGGUGUUAGAUCUCUUUAAUAAUAUGAGUGAAAUAACAUUGGACUGACCAAUGUGCAUGUUUACAAACAGAUAUUUCAUAUUUCACACCUAUUUAGCCAGCUGGACUGUCUACAAUUGUCUAAAAGUUACAAAAAUAAAAUUGUCUCUCUGCACAGAUGUAUCCGCAAUUAGUUGUUUUUAAUUAGCAUGAAUUAUGCAUUGUUUCUUUUUCCCCACUCAAGCUUAAUAUAUGUGAAUAUAUAACCGACAUGCACUUUCAAAAUUAGAUUUGAGGAUCACACAAGGUGAAGACAGUGAAGCUGUGAGGACCCAGAGAGGAUGAAGGCUCAUGUGAAGGAGAUUGUUGUUUGUUGGAGGAACAGCCUGUCCACACUUUGUAUUUUGAGUAUAAACUGUCCUUUUUUUGCUGAUAUAAUCUUUAGGACAUAAAUCAGUAACUCAGAUCAUGGAAAAGUAUACGGAUGAUGUAAGUGUAGUUAUAUGAAUACAUUUUUAUAAGGAAAAACUUGUAAGACUGCAGGUCAGCCAGUUCCCUGUUUUUAUUUACACUACAACUGAAGCUUUAAUUUUUUAAUUCACUGUGACCAAAUUAGUUUAUGUUGUAACUGACAUUGUU